UCUACGUAAUAAAUACUCUUUGUGUUUCUUAAGUACAAACCUUUUUAAUGUUUUCUUAAUAAAAUACAACUACACAAAUCACGAUGGCUGAUAGAUUUGAAGCUUUAGAAGAACAGUUGGAACGAUUCAUUGAGAAUGCAAGGCAGCUAGGCAUUAUUGUCAGCGAUUUCCAGCCACAGGGCCAAAAUGCUUUAAAUUCAAAAUUACAGACGAUGAUCCAAGGAAUGCAGGAAAUUGACAAAUUAAAGACUCACAUGCAAGACAUUCAUGUUCCAUUGGACGUGUUUGAGUAUAUAGAUCAAGGCAAAAACCCAAAUUUGUACACUAAACAUUGUUUGGAGAAAGCUCUGGGCAAAAAUGAACAGAUAAAAGGGAAAAUAGAUGCUUUUAAGAGGUUUAAAGCCAUGCUGAUACUGGAACUGACCGAUGUGUUCCCAAAGGAGAUGGCAAACUACAGAGCUUUGAGAGGCGAUGACAGACCAACGUGAGGGACUGCACAUGUGUGUGAAUCUUUGACUAUGUACUCUGUGGACAUGUAUCAGCGGAUAGUUCCUCACAGACAGGCUGUUUGUUUAGGGUGGAAUUGUGUUGGCUAUGCUGGUGUAAUUUUUGUUGUGUGGAGAAACAUGUGCUGCAUGUAUGCAUAUUGCCUACACGAGAACUUAAACAUGUGAAUUUAUUUCUUUAUGUCCCCCCCCCCCCCCCCAUCCCCCUCAUAGAAUGUGGCAUACAACUAAGCAGUCACACUGUACAGAUGUCCUUAUGUACGUUGGUAUAUUCUGGUCUUAGCCAUAAUUUUGCCAUACAUUGAUUGAUUUUUAUGAUAAUGUGGCCCAAAUGAAAAGUAUUCUCAUACAAUGUCUCAUGUGUAAACCAAUCUCCCUACCUCAAAAGUCAAGGGCACACUUUGAGGUAUAAAGUCAAUUUUGGAAAUAAAAAAGCUUGACCAUUUCUGUCUCAGCCAUAACUUUGGUAUAUAUUGAUGGAUUGAAAAUAACCUGGCACAAUUGUAAACCAUCAUAAGAGGACAUGUCUUGUGUAACACCUAUCUCCAUAGCUCAAAGGUCAAGGUCACACUUAGAGAUCAAAAGUCAAAUUUGGCCAUUAAACAGCUUGUGCGGAUUUUUACUUAGUCAUUCAUCUUGCAAUUUAAUAUAAUUUACCACAAAUGAACACAAUCGGGACACUUUUUGUCGUUGGUUUUAUUUGAUUAUUGAUAAUGAUUAGAGUGUGCUUCUUUGAAACAUGCAGUUUCAUUUUGGAAAAUAUAUUGUGUGUACCAUAAAUAUGUGUUGAAAGUAUCAGUACAGUGUAACUACAGCAAUGAAAUAUUCAUAUUAAUAAUAUUCAGUUAACUUGAGAUAACAAGGGAAUAUUUUCAUGUGGUUUAAAGCAGCAACAAAUUCCUUUAUUGAAUACUUAUAGAUUAUCUACCACCAAUUGAAGAUUUUGAUGGAUAUUGAAAAUGAGAGUGCUGACCCAGUGCUUGACACUUUCAGGGGUCAAAAUGCUGAAAUCAAUAUUUUGUGUGUGUUUAUAUAUGAUGAAUACACAGAAUAUGUUG